AUGUCCCGGCCCGAUGCACUGGAACAGGAGCUGUACGAGACGGUGGCGGACAAGCAGGCCUUUCAAGUCAAGCUUCGACAGCUUCGGUCGGAGGUCCGCCUGGUGGAAGCCAGCUUAGAGGCGCUUCAGCAGAAAGAAAGCUGGCUGACACAUGAGCUGGCAAAGCGCACGAGAGUUCGGACAGAGCUCCCUUCUAUCGAUGACUUCGUCCAAGGUCGUGCGCUCGAAAGCGCGAUUCCCAAGUUCUUCGAUCUGGAUCAGGAGCCAAAGGAGCCAAAGGAACCAGAAGAACUUCGGAGCGACGAGGACGAGAACGAGAACGCCGAGGAGAGCCAAAGCCAGAAGGCCGAAAGUGACGACUGGGAGGAGAUGCUGGAGUCCCUCGGUGUGGCGAGGCGCGUACGAUGGCGGAAAGGGGGCCUGGUGCGGCUAUUGCGGACUGCGCCUUCCACUCGACGCGGCGCCUGCGAGUUUCGGUUUCGCCUUGCUCCGAUGACCUCCUCCCUUGCUCUUCCACCCGCUUCACGCGACAGAUCGCCGCAAUCGAGCAGCACUCGAAAUGCUGCCCUGGCACCGGGCCGAACAGUCCAACCAGCCGAGGCCAAGAGUAACGAACAGGAGUAG